GUCUCUAUUGUGAUGUCAGCAGAUUAAUCCAGGUGUACUGACUGCAACUUUCUACUUCACUUCCUCUUCCUAGGACAGUGUAAAAGGCAAGAAGUGAAAAAAAUCGUCAUUCAAGGUGAAUUUACAGGAAAAUUCUGUGUAGUCUUAAUUUGUUUCUAUGAGUGCCUGGGCUGUCCAAGCAGAUGCCCAUGAUUGUCUCCUGUCCCCUUACUAAGGAUCUGACCACUUGUGUCUGGGACUUGUGGUGUGAGUUCUGUGGCCCUUCAUUGUUCUGUCUUAGAUCUUUGCUGCCACCAGAACUGUACUGACUCUGAGGGCACCGAAGCUCUGUAAUGACUUGUAGGGUUUGUGCAAAUAACCAGCCCACUGGGUAGAGACAUUUUAAUUCUGUUGCUUUUUGGUAGUGCAUUAUUGGAUUACAAAUGUUUACUUAGUAUGAAAAAUGGAUAUAAUUAACUAUGCCCUAAAUAGGGACUAGAUAUUUACUCCAAGAUGAAUUUGCAGCCUUUGUGCUUUGCAUGCAUGUGACAUAUGCUCUUGUUACUGAUGUUACCUGUGAUUCUAAGGAUUUGAAAUAGUUGCCGUCUUCUACCAGAAGACUAGGAGUUAUCCAGCAAGGCAUACACAUAACACUUCAAAAAGCCUGGAUCAUUUUUGCAGAUAAGUUUGUUGACGUUCUAUCAGGGAAACACUUCUUUUCCUUGUGUUAUUAUUGAUGAUACAAUAUUAAAAAUGGUUUUUACAAUUCAGAUGCCAGUUUUACAUUCAAAAGGUACAGAUAGUGUUUAAGAUUCAUUUCUGUAAUUCUUUAAAUUAAAAUACAGGUUCUCAGUUGUGCAAACUGUGCAGAAUCAAAUCACCAGGCUUCAGAGAGAUUUUAUAUAAAUUCCAAUCAAAAGGAAGACCUAAAUUGUAUUACCUCUUUAAUAUUACAAUUUCUGAAUCAUGACUCUUUGAAGAUUUGUGAAUCAUGCAUGAUAUAUACCAGUCAACAUAUUUCAGUCCAGAAAGCGCUGGGCAUUUACCUUACCUGACUUCUUGUCGGUUGGAGAGGGUACCUGUUCAGUCUUCUUUAAGCCAUAGCACACAGCAAAGCAGUGCAUGUGCACAAGUAGAAUUUAAUAAAUACUUUUUGUAUUGGCAUAUUGAUUUAAAAUAAGAGUACACUUUGUACUGAAAAGGUAAUUUGAAGGUGAAAUCACAUCAAAUGUAAUAGUUUAACCUUGGAUAUUUGUGGAAUUUUAGUUCUUUCAUGAGACAGUAACAUUAAAGUCAACAAGUGUGUUGUUAAGGUUUUUUCAAAAAUAAAGCAUAAAGUUUAACAGAUACUUACAUUCAACAAUAAUAAGCAAAUAAUUUGACACCUGCUACCAACCACCAAAAUAUGUGUAUUGAAAUUGUGUCUCCAGGAUGAAUAUAAAGAGGUGUGGGAAGGCGACCACUCUUUGGAAAAAAGUGUGACACGGGGGAGAGUGCAUGUAGCUCCUGUUGUAAUCAGUUUAUAAAACUUUAUUUGAAAGUGGGAAUCAAUAGAUUGCCUCCAGUGCAGAACAGUUAAUCAUUAAUCAGUUGAUCUUUAUUAUGAACCCAAACUGCUUAUAUUUUCUUUUCAGAACCGUCCUAAUAAUGUGAUUACGAAUGUUUAAAUCAAUAGAGAAUGCAAUGGACAUGUGUGUUCCUUGUCCCAUGGUAGAGAGUAAGCCUCUGUGUUCAGAGGAAUGUUCCAGCAGCGGCUGAGUGCUAGCACAGUGUCGCUGGGCUGUGUUUCCUUGCUCACAGAGCCCUGGAGCUUGGCCAGCUUGGGUGAGGGGGAGGAGGAAAGGUUUGGGUUUGAGAGCCCUGAGUUUAUUUCUGGCUGUUGAGAUGUGAGACUGUGGAAACAGUCAUAAAUAGAGUUUGAGGGAGGUUGUAGACUCAGAGGUUCUCGCCAGGGUAAGUGCUGGAUGGAUUUGUUUGUAGAUGGGUCUGCUUUUAGCUGCUUAAUGCUUUACCUCUCAGAGUUGGUGCUUUCAAGGGGUGAAUGAAGCUCAGUGUCUGGGUCCCAUUGGUAUGGUGUCUCAAAAGUCUUCCCCCAGUGGACCAAUCAUGGCCACUCUGUUCCCUUUCUUUCUGCAGUUGUAGUGAAAUAACUUCCCGACCUGUCAGGAGACUUUUUUAUUUUUUUAAAUAAUGAACUCCAAGCGUCUGCAUAUAUAGCAUUUGGGGCAGGAGUGGGGCAGGGUGUGUAUGUGAGGCUUUCUGGCCCUGUGUGUAUCUGGGUAUAUAUUACCGUGUACAGGGGCGCUCAGCGAGGGCAGCAGCUCUGAGCCCCUGAGCUCCCCCGGAUCUCUGGUGUCUUUGUGAUCACCGCCUCCCCCUGUGCAGGUUCUGAGUCCUUUUCCACUGCUUCCCACCCAUGUGGGUUCAGGAAGCCUCACGUCCAGUGCCUGCCCUGGAUCAGCCCCAUCUUGCACACAGGUGCCCUCUGCUGUCACGAGCUCGGGGACACUGCCCAACGUGCCCGACCACAGCCCUCCUCAUCUUGGGGCAACUCGCCUGCCUUCAGUGAUGGCACUGGCCCAGCUCCCAGUACUGGCCCUGUCUCCUCGGCUCUGUUGCUUGCUCGCCAGACCGUGAAUCACCCUGGACUUGGGGCAUUUUACCCGCCUGAAGGGCUCAGAGGCAUUGCCAGGUCGCUUUAGGGUUGUGGUCUUCAACACUGCCCAGAGGAAAUGACUUCUCAGGAGAAAUGUAGAUAAUAAGUUCCUUAAGGAGAAACCAUGUUUUAUUAAUGAGAGGCAGUAUUGUAUACUAGAGGGCAUCCUGGCUCUGGAGUCAGUUCAUUGUCCCGCCCAGCGACUUGCCUGGUGCAUUAUCCUGGCCAAGCUACUUGACCUCUGUGUGCAGUUUCCAUCUGUAAAAUAAGAUUGUUAUGAGGAAUCCAUAGGGCUGUUAGGAGGAAUGACUUAAGUUGACUCAUUUGUGUAAAACACUUGAAGAGUGGCUUAUACAUAGUAAGUGCAUGCUAAAUGUUGUCAUUUUUUCUGAACACUGUGGUUUAUACAUAAUAGGUGCUCAUUAAAGAUUUUGUUGAAUAGUUGUAACAUUCAGAAGAUGGAAAAAUUAUUUCCUCAUCUCUUCCCUUGAAAGUAGUAAUAUUUGGUUGCAACAAAACAUUGUAGGCAUGGAGACAUUUAUCCUGUGGUUGGGGAUAGGGUAGCAGAAUGUUCCAGAUUCAUUAUCAGUAACCGUGUGCCUAUGAUUUGUUCAUCAGACCUAACAUACUCAGUAUGGCAGAAGUUUGAUUCCUGUUCACAGGCUCUCAAGGUAAUUUUGAAAGGUCAAAACAGCUUAAUCAGGUGAUUUGUUUCCAGUGAGCAUUGGUGUUGGAAGGUUUCAGACUCCAGCAUAUUUGAUAGCUGUAUUGAAACAAGGCUCUGUUCGCUCUUUAUGGGUUCACUCUACAUUCUAACGUAUGUUUGCUUUUGAGGUGGAGAUGGGUAGCAAGGUGCCCUUUCAUUGAAUAGGUUCUUGCUUGUUUGUAGCCCACCUAGCGCCUAGCGUGGGGCCUUGAAAGUGGCAGUUGCUCAGUAAAUAAUGUUUGCAGUUAAUAAGUAAAUCAUGGGACAUUCUUCUCUCCCUUACAUCACACCAGUGCCUGGAAGGUUCCUUUUAGGAGGUUUUGUUUAUGAUUUUACCCUUAGGCAGUUGCUGCCUGAUAUGAGAGUUUCUGUCUUGCUGUUGGGGUAUUGAGUUGAGGGCUUUUCUCAGAGUUACUGCUCAUCUACCAUGAGAGGAAUAAAUGGUCUCCAAAUAAAAUCUUGAUGAAAUGGUGGGAAGAAGGGCACCAUCGCUCAUCUUUGAUGAGGCAUCUGGGCCGUACUCAGGAUGAAGAUCACAGCUCUAAUAGAAAGAGAUGAGAACUGGGAUGAUGACCAACUGCUUGGGUUUGAACCAUGCAAUGAAAACCUUGUCUCUGGCUGCAAUCUCAUCAAUGGAAAAUGUGAGUGUGACACCAUUCGAACCUGUAACAAUCCCUUCGAGUUUCCAAGGAAGGAUAUGUGCCUUUCAGCUUUAAAGAGGAUUGAAGAAGAGAAGCCAGAUUGCUCCAAGGCCCGCUGUGAAGUCCAGUUCUCUCCACGUUGUCCUGAAGACUCCGUUCUGAUCGAGGGCUACGCGCCCCCCGGGGAGUGCUGCCCCCUCCCCAGCCGCUGUGUGUGUGACCCCGCGGGCUGCCUGCGGAAAGUCUGCCAGCCAGGAUACCUGAACAUCCUUGUGUCCAAAGCCUCAGGGAAGCCGGGAGAGUGCUGUGACCUCUAUGAGUGCAAACCAGUUUUCAGUGUGGACUGCAGCACCGUGGAGUGCCCCUCCUUUCAGCAAACCGUGUGCCCCCUGGACAGCUACGAAACCCAAGUCAGACUCACAGCGGAUGGCUGCUGCACUCUUCCAACAAGAUGCGAGUGUCUCUCUGGCUUAUGUGGUUUCCCCGUGUGUGAGGUGGGAUCCACUCCCCGCAUAGUCUCUCGUGGAGAUGGGACACCUGGAAAGUGCUGUGAUGUCUUUGAAUGUGUUAAUGAAACAAAGCCAGCCUGCGUGUUCAACAACGUGGAGUACAGUGACGGAGACAUGUUUCGAAUGGACAACUGUCGAUUCUGUCGAUGCCAAGGGGGUGUUUCCAUCUGCUUCACUGCCCAGUGUGGUGAGCUGAGCUGUGAGAGAUACUACAUGCCCGAAGGGGAGUGCUGCCCUGUGUGUGAAGAUCCUGUGUAUCCUUUGAACAACCCCGCUGGCUGCUAUGCCAAUGGCCAGAUCCACGCCCACGGGGACCGGUGGCGGGAAGACGACUGCACGUUCUGCCAGUGCAUCAAUGGGGAGCCCCACUGCGUGGCGACGGCCUGUGGACAGAGCUGCAUGAACCCCGUCAAAGUGCCUGGGGAGUGCUGCCCUGUAUGCGAAGAACCAACCUACAUCACAAUUGAUCCACCUGCAUGUGGGGAGUUAUCAAACUGUACCCUGACAGAGAAGGACUGCAUUUAUGGUUUCAAACUCGAUCACAAUGGUUGUCGAACCUGUCAGUGCAAAAACAGGGAGGAGCUCUGCACGGGCCUCAGGCGAGGCUGCGCCUUGAACUGCCCCUUCGGCUUCCUAACCGACGCCUACGGCUGUGACGCCUGUCAGUGCCGCCCGCGCCCCCGGAAGUGCAGACCCACAGCCUGCGAAAAGCAUUGUCCGUUCGGAUACCUGAAGAAUAAGCACGGCUGUGACAUCUGUCGCUGUAAGAAAUGCCCAGAGCUCCGGUGCAGUAAGAUCUGCUCCCUGGGUUUCCAGAAGGACAGUCAUGGCUGUCUCAUCUGCAAGUGCAGAGAGGUCUCUGCCUCCGCCGGGCCACCCGUCCUGUCAGGCACGUGUCUAUCCAUGGAUGGCCAUCAUCAUAAAAAUGAGGAGAGCUGGCAUGAUGGGUGUCGGGAAUGCUACUGCCACAGUGGACGGGAGAUGUGCGCACUGAUCACCUGCCCCGUGCCUGCCUGUGGCAACCCCACCAUUCACCCGGGACGGUGCUGCCCAUCAUGUUCAGAUGACUUCGUGGUGCAGAAGCCAGAGCUCAGCACGCCCUCCAUCUGCCACGCCCCCGGGGGAGAGUACUUUGUGGAGGGAGAAACAUGGCACAUUGACACCUGCACGCAAUGCACGUGCCACAGCGGGCGGGUGCUGUGUGAGACGGAGGUGUGCCCGCCGCUGCUCUGCCAGAACCCCACACGCACCCAGGACUCCUGCUGCCCACAGUGCCCAGAUGAACCUCUCCAGCCUUCCUCAUCCCACAAUGACAGUGUGCCUAGUUACUGCAAAAACGAUGAAGGGGAUAUAUUCCUGGCAGCUGAGUCCUGGAAACCCGACGUGUGUACCAGCUGCGUGUGCAUGGAUAGCGUCAUUAGCUGUUACUCUGAGUCUUGCCCUUCUGUAUCCUGUGAAAGACCUGUGUUGAGAAAAGGCCAGUGUUGUCCCUACUGCAUAGAGGACACAAUCCCAAAGAAGGUGGUGUGCCACUUCAGCGGGAAGGCCUACGCUGACGAGGAGCGCUGGGACAUCGACAGCUGCACGCACUGCUACUGCCUGCAGGGCCAGACCCUCUGCUCCACCGUCAGCUGCCCGCCGCUGCCCUGCGUCGAGCCCAUCAACGUGGAAGGCAGCUGCUGCCCCAUGUGCCCAGAAAUGUAUGUCCCAGAACCAACCAAUAUACCCAUUGAGAAGACAAAUCAUCGGGAGAUCGACAUGGAGGUCCCCCUGUGGCCCACACCUAGUGAAAACGACAUUAUCCAUCUCCCCAGAGACAUGGGUCACCCCCAGAUAGAUUACAGAGAUAAUACCAGGCUGAACUCAGAAGAUUCUUCAGUGGACUCCAUUGCCUCGGUUGUGGUUCCCAUAAUAAUAGGCCUCUCUAUCAUAAUAGCAUUCCUGUUCAUCAAUCAGAAGAAACAGUGGAUACCACUGCUUUGCUGGUAUCGAACACCAACUAAGCCUUCUUCUUUAAAUAAUCAGCUGGUAUCUGUGGACUGCAAGAAAGGAACCCGGGUCCAGGUGGACAGUUCCCAGAGAAUGCUGAGAAUCGCGGAACCAGACGCGAGAUUCAGUGGCUUCUACAGCAUGCAGAAACAGAACCACCUACAGGCAGACAAUUUCUACCAAACAGUGUGAAGACAGGCGGCGCCAACGAGGUUCUGAAAGACAGAAAAACGACUCAGUCUGCUUUUUAAAAAGUAAACUCGAAUUCGUGCACUUGCUUAGUGGAUUGUGUUGGAUUGUGACUUGAUGUACAGCGCUGAGGACUUCCUGGGCUGGGCUCUGUCGGCGGCGGCAUGCAGAGCAAGCAUUCCCACUCCUCCUCAAGAUCACUGACCAAGUGGUGUCUUAGAACCAAAGGUUUCAAAGUUGCUAAGAUGUAUUUGCUUAUAAUAUAGCUGUAGAGAAACUUGGGGGCGGGGACAGUGAGUCUGGGAGAAUGGGUGGGGGGGGGUGGUGGUGGAAAGACACAGUUGGUCAGCUCGGCUCGGGGAGAAGUCCAGUCCAGUGGCCCAGAGGAUAUCUUUUCCUGUUGCUUGGAAGACUGCACUGGUUGCUGCAAAGCUCAGGCCUGAGCAAGCGGGAGAACAGGCCUUGCAAUCCUUCUGCCUGUAACCACCUUAGACUACCAGACAAGAGCACCAGACCCUUUUGAUAGCCAUCCCAGGCCUCAGGCCACACGCUUCUUUUCUAUACGGUCACAGCUGCAGUAGGCAGUGGGAAGCAGGAGGCGUGGGGUAGCCGCGUUUCUCUAAAGCGGGUGAUUAAGGAUCUACACGGUUAUACUUUUUGCUGCUUUCUUUUUUCUUCCGAGCCAAUCAACCAGUUCCUAGCAGAGUCAGCAGAUGAUCAGGACCCGAGUCGUUUCUUGAUGUGAGCACUGGAGCUUUUCUGCCGGUCACGUGGCAGGAAGGAGGAGAGGGUGAGGUCACCAGGCAUUUCCAGGGCUACACUUCCUUGUUGUCGCUUUCUUCUGUUCUGUUGUUGGUUGUUCAUAGUUUUCGUUGAAGCUCUAGCUUAAAAAGAAACUUUUUUUAAAAAAAAAAAAAGACUGUUUGGGGAUAUUUUUUUUUCCUUCUUAUAUACUGAAUCUACAAAAUAGAAACUACUUCAUUUUAAUUGUAUAUUAUUCAAGCACCUUGGUUGAAGCUCAAAAAAAAAAAUUAUGCCUCUUUAAACUCUAGCAAUUAUAGAAAUAUUUAUGUAACUCUUAUGCUUCAGAAAAACAAAAGUAUUUGUGUGCGUGUGUAUAUAAUAUAUAUAUGCAUAUAUAUUUAUACACAUACAAUUUUAUGUUUUCCUGUUGAAUGUAUUUUUAUGAGAUUUUAACCAGAACAAAAACAAACAGGCAUUCCAUCACAAAUUUUUGACUAACACAAAAUCUCAUUCUACCUGCAGUUUAAUUGGGAAGAAAAAUGUGUGUGUGAGUGUGAGUGUAUGUGUGUGUAUGCACACGCCUUGAGCAGUCAGCCCCAUACCUGCCAUGGAGAAGGUAUUCCUUUAUUAAAUUCUUCCUCAUUUGGAUUUGCUUUCGGUUUUCAAUUCGCUCACUGGCCAGAGACAUCAAUGGCAGUUUUAGCUGCAUCACUAAUCAGCUCCUGGAUUUCUUUUUCUUCUUUCAAACAACUGUUUGAAACAACUACUGGAAUAUUGUCCAUAAGAAGCUGGAAGUUUGUUGUAGUUUGCCUCAGAUAUAACUGACUGUAUACUAUAGUGUUAAACUUUUCAAACAGCUCUUAGCACUUUUAUACUAAUUACCCAUUUGUUGCAUUGAUUUAUUUUUCUUUUAAAAAUGCUUGUUGUGAAAGACACAGAUACCCAGUAUGCUUAAUGUGAAAAGAAAAUGUGUUCUGUUUUGUAAAGGAACUUUCAAGUAUUGUUGUAAAUACUUGGACAGAGGUUGCUGAACUUUAAAAAAAAUUAAUUUAUUAUUAUAAUGACCUAAUUUAUUAAUCUGAAGAUUAACCAUUUCUUUUGUCUUAGAAUAUCAAAAAAAAAAAAGGAAAAGAAAAAGGUGUUCUAGCUGUUUGCAUCAAAGAAAAAAAAAGAUUUAUUAUCAAGGGGCAAUAUUUUUAUCUAUCUCCAAAAUAAAUUUGUUAAUGAUAUGCUACCAAAAUAGAUUUACAUCAGCCUGAUUAGUAUAAAUUUUUGUUGACAAUUAACCAUUCCUGGCAUAAAAAGUCUAUCAAAAAAUUGUAAAUGCUUGCUUUUUGUUUUUUUCAAUCAUGGCCAUAUUAUGAAAAUACUAACAGGAUAUAGGACAAGGUGUAAAUUUUUUUUAUUAUUAUUUUAAAGAUUUGAUUUAUCCUGAGUGCUGUAUCUAUUACUCUUUACUUUGGUUCCUGUUGUGCUCUGUAAAAGAAAAACAUAAUUUCCUGAAGAAUAAAAUAGAUACAUGGCGCUUGGCGUGCA